AUGACUAUCAGAGCACGGAAAGGGAAAAAAGUAAUUAUGGAAGUUGAAGAGCAAGAUCAACCACCUCAGCAGGAGUCUCCUUUAGACACCAAACUGGUGCAAGAAAUUUUAACAGACCUCCGAAAAAAUCUAAAAACUAAAGCAGCUCUAUUGCAUAAAGAGGAAGUGGACUACUUCAUUGGUCAACAUGCCGUUAACUAUCUUAUGGACAGUAAAUGGGCAACUGGUGAUGAUGAUGCUAAAGUUAUAUUCGUGGAUAGAGCUGAUGCCAUUGAAUUUUGUCAACAGUUACUUCUGCAACGAAACUUUGUAAGAUGUGGCAAAGCUAAAAAGAAAAAGUGGACACCAUUUAAAGUAGCAAAAAGCAGUACAAGUGAUCAUGAUAAAAAUGACGGUGAUAGUGAAGAAACUAAAGCGGGAAAUGACAAUGCCACUAAAAACAUCAAAACUUCUGAUAGCAACAAAGAUGAGGAUUAUAAUGAUGAAGACGCCAAAGAUGAUCAGGAACCGAAGGAUGACAAUAUACCGGAAGAGGAGCAGAAAGAGGGUGCUAAAGAUGCUGGUAAGAAAAAGAAAAAAAAGAUCAAGUUAAAGGAACAUAAAGAGCAAGAGUUCUUAGACUCUGAUGAUUUGUACGCUUGGAUUUUUCAAAUCACUAGUCCCUAUAAUUACCUGAUUGGUAUAGUCAUGAUGGCCGUAUUUAUGCUCUAUAACCUUCUACCAAUUAUGCCCGCCGUGGUUGGUCACUAUCUGUCACAAUUGAGUACGGUACUACUUUUUAUAGUGAUAGGUAUUAUCUGUCUGGCAAUAGGUCGUUACUUAUUAUUCAUAUUAGUAUGGAUGUUUACGCUUGGCAAGUACCAUUUUUGGUUGUUACCUCAGUUAUUUGCAGAUUGUUCGUUCCUGGAAUCUUUUACUCCAGUUUUCAGUUUACAAGAGUAUAAACCAUCAUCGAAAACGAAAAAUAAAUCGGAAAGGAAAAAAAGUUCUUCGAAGAAAGCAAAAGUAGAUAAUGAUGGAGUCAAAUCUGGAGACACAAAACAUCAAGCAGAAGUGCCAGAUAAUAAUCAGCCUAAAGGUGAUGAACGGCUCGAAAGUUCAAAGAAUGAGAUCACUGACACAGACAAUGACUGGGAAAAAUUAGAUAUGCCGGUGGAAAAUGAAGAUGACUCUGAUAAUUAG